AUGUAUCAACUUUCUGUGAAAUAUGGACCUAUAUUUACUGUCUGGAAUGGAUCAAAGCCAAUGGUUGCUCUUUGUAGUUAUGAAGUGAUAAAAGAUGCUUUGAUAGAUCAUUCAGAAGAAUUUGGUGGGCGAGCAGAAAUGCCUGCACAUAAGCGAAUUUUCCAAAAUAAAGGUCUGACCAGUAGUAUUGAGAAGAAAUGGAGGGAGCUGCGACGGUUCACACUAUCCACCUUGCGAGAUUUUGGGAUGGGUAAAAAAAGAAUGUCUGAGAGGGUGCAAGAGGAAGCCCUUUGUCUGGUGGAGGAAAUGGCUGCUACAAAGGGGCAGCCUUUUGACCCAAGAAGAAUUUUUUCAAGUGCUGUUUCUAAUGUGAUCUGUGCAGUCGUCUUUGGCAAUCGAUUUGAUUACAAAGAUCGAACCUUCAUAGAGAACCAGAAGAUUGUGGAGUCUCAAUUAAGACACUCUGUUAGUUUCUUAGGACUGGUGUACAAUACAUUUCCAAAACUAGUGGAAUACUUUCCUGGGCCACACAAAGCCAUUUUUGCUGAGGUUGAUGAUGUCUGUGAAUAUAUCCGUGAGAAGGUGGAAUUGCACAAAAAGACGUUGGAUCCCCAGAACCCACGUGACUAUAUUGAUUGCUUCCUUCUUAAAAUGGAGAAGGAGCAGAACUCAUCUGAGGAUAUCUACACUCCUGAAGAUCUUGUGAUUAUUGUGUUUGGACUUUUUAUGGCUGGGACAUUAACCACAAGCCAGGUUUUGCUCUGCAGCCUUCUAGCGAUAGCUAAAUUGCCUCACAUUCAAGCUAAGGUGCAACAGGAGAUUGAUGAGGUGGUGGGUACAAAUCGCACGGCAAGCAUGGAAGACCGGUUGAAGAUGCCUUUCACAAAUGCCGUCGUUCAUGAGGUUCAGCGAUAUCAGAAAGGGACCCUUGAGACUUUUCCUCGGGCAACAACUUGUGAUGUAAAAUUCCAUGGUUACACCAUUCCCAAGUAUAUGCCUAUUGCACCAGUCUUCGCUUCUGCACAUUUUGACCCUCAUCAUUGGGAGACUCCAGAAAAGUUCAAUCCCAAUCAUUUUUUGGAUGAACAGGGCCAGUUCAGGAAAAAUGAUGCUUUCAUGCCAUUCUCAGCAGGGAAGAGGGCCUGUCCAGGGGAGGCCCUGGCUAGGAUGGAGCUCUUCCUGUUCUUCAGCACUCUGCUCCAGAAUUUCACCUUCUCUCUGGUUGGGGACACCAAAGACUCGGAUGUAAUGUCUUUGUAUAAUGACUUCAGAAAAAAUCAAUACCCCCUUAUACGAGCUGUUAAACGUACAGUGGACACUUGUGGUUAAUAAUUAGGAGAAAGCACCUAUACUAAUAGAUACUCAAAUGAAGCAUGUGGGAUGGCUAUUAAUUUAAAGGCAAUCUUAACAAAAAUGUGGAAUAAAAAUACAAUAUUUUUAUAGCAAAUAUAGUUACUCUUACCUCUUAUCUGAUUACAUAUUUUGGUGCAAUUAAGAAUACUUCUGAAAUACUUAAUAGCUUUUUCUCUAAGCUAUAUUGAGCAAAUUUUCAAUAUAUAAUAUGUACUGGAGAUUUUAACUUCAUACAAGGAUCUCAGAAGUAUUAUCACAAAUUGAUGUUGUGGAUUAACCUAUAUUUGAAGGUAACAAGGAAGAACUUGUAUUGAUACUCUUUGGCUAAAUGCAAGAUCAAAUCAUGUUUAAAUCUGUUGAUAUCUAAUGGUUGUUUUAAAGACUGACAGACUGAGUAUUGUAUAUGAUUAAACUAUAAUAUUUGCUUGGCAAUAUAUAGAAC